AUGGCCAAGUUCCUUGCCCUCGCUGCCGUCGCUGCGUCAGCCGCCGCCCAAGUCGAAGUCGUCAACGUGAUCGAUACGGCCCGUGUCGUCCACAAGUUCAUUUGCCACUUGCUAUUGCCAAGGUCCUCGCUGCUGUCGCCGCCACCGCCGAGCCGAAAUCGUCAACGGGACCAACGUGGCACGUAUGUGACUGGCAUCCGCUACACGUCGUCUGGCUGCGGUGCGUCCUGGAUCGCCCCCAAGGUGCUCCACGCCGCCGCCGGUGGACGGGCCAGCUUCGGUUGGGUCGCGCUACUCGAUGGCACCAAGGACGGCGAGCGCAUCAAGAUUGUCCAGCAAACCAUGCAUCACAAGUUCAACGAAGACGACACGAUGGACGACGCCUUUUCCACCUUUGACACUGAAUCCAAGGUCGCCCCCGUCAAAGUCAAGUCUGGCCCCAGGUAUCGUGUCGACCAAGCGCAGAACGAGCAAGGGCACCUCGUGCACACCCGCCGGACGGCAAACGUCGGGCUGCCACUCCGGCAGUGA